AAGCCAAUUUAUAAGACAAUAUCUCCAAUUUUUCUUUAAAAACAAACAAAUACAAUACAAUAGUAUUUAUUGCCUACAUAGGCAGUUCAGUUCAUGCGCAAAAAGGGAACAGAGAUGGGAAUGAAAAGAACAAUGGAAGUGUGUUGACCAUCAAACCUUAUAAAUCCAUUUAAUUUGGUUUCAUAUAUGUUUGCCCUUCAUUUUUUAGAACACAUGUUCAUAACAAGCUGCUCCUGAGAGGUGUUGAACGUGUCCUCCUUUGUUCGUCGGUGCUCCUCCACCUGUCCUGCCCCUUUAAGAUGAGACAUUUCAAUCUAGGCGUGUUUCCUGCUUCCAUUGACUAAAACAGAGCUGGCAUCUGCAGGAGAAGGGGGAAAAAGCAGCAGACUGCCCAGCCACACACGCGGAUCGUAGCUGCAAAUCCAGAGGUCUUCAUCUUUAUUUCCUGAUUGAUCAGCUGCUGCAGCCUCAGUCCGUGGACGCGCUCCAGCUGACAUGAAUGUCAGGCGGUCAAGGUCCGCCGCCGUGCGCGCCGCUGCGGGAGGAGCCGCGGCGGGAUCAUCUCGCCGGGAAACAUCUGUCGCAGUGGUUCGGCUGGAUUUCUAACAACCUGCGGCUCCGACCGGACCGUGAGUGGAUUAAAAGCUGCUGGGCUCGCGGCUGCGCGGACGCGGGGGGAGUGGAUUAGAGAGCCCCGAUGAUGAGACUGCGACACUUUAAACCUCCAAAAAUGAUUUCCACUCGUCUGAUUGCGCGCAAGUGCUGUUUAUCACUCUGUUUGUCGUGACUGGUUAGAGGAACAAUUAGAGCAAUCAAACUCCAAGAAUCAGCAGGAACCAUGUCGGCGGUGAUGAUAACCAGAAAGGUGCGAAAAUGGGAGAGGCUCCCGGGGAAGAACACCUUCUGCUGCGACGGGCGCGUGAUGAUGGCCCGCCAAAAGGGGGUCUUCUAUCUGACCAUGUUCCUCAUCAUGGGGACCUGCUCCCUCUUCUUUGCUUUCGAAUGUCCAUACCUGGCUGUCCAUUUGUCCCCUGCCAUCCCAGUCUUUGCUGUGCUGCUCUUCCUGUUUGUUAUGGCCAUGCUGCUGAGGACCAGCUUCAGUGAUCCCGGGGUUCUGCCCAGGGCUCUUCCUGAGGAGGCUGCAUUCAUCGAAAUGGAAAUUGAAGCUGCCAAUGGGAACGUCCCUGCUGGACAGCGACCCCCACCUCGGAUCCGUAAUGUUCAGAUCAACAACCAGAUCGUCAAGCUCAAGUACUGUUACACGUGCAAGAUCUUCCGCCCGCCACGAGCGUCUCACUGCAGCAUCUGUGACAACUGCGUUGACCGUUUUGAUCACCACUGUCCUUGGGUUGGAAACUGCGUGGGCAAAAGGAACUACAGAUACUUCUACCUGUUCACACUUUCCCUCUCCCUGCUCACCAUCUACAUAUUCGCCUUUGACAUUGUCCACGUGGUCAUGCGUUCAGUGGAUAAAGGCUUUCUGAACACUUUACAGGAAACACCUGGAACUGUGCUGGAGGUUCUGGUGUGUUUCUUUACGCUCUGGUCUGUUGUGGGAUUGACUGGCUUCCACACUUACCUGAUCUCUCUCAACCAGACCACCAAUGAGGAUAUAAAAGGAUCUUGGUCAGGAAAGAACAGAGUCCAGAACCCUUACAGCCACAAGAACAUCAUCAAAAAUUGCUGCGAGGUUCUUUGUGGGCCAGCAUACCCGAGUGUGUUGGACAGAAGAGGACUGAUGCCGGAGGAUUCGUCCAGUGCUCUGACCAGUUUUGCUCCUUCUUCCACCAGCAUCCCAGCACCACAAACCACGAAAACUACAGCUCCACUCAUCCCCAAUGAACACACCCCUGAUGAUGCUAAACCAAACAUCGCUGCCUCAGCAGAGAAAACCUCCUCCCACAAAGCCAAGAGCCCUCCCCCUAAAGAGGAGCAGCCUCCAUUACCAACGGUGCCGCCCCUGGCUUCACCCGAGACAGAUGCAGAGACGUCAAUUUCCAAGGAUAAGAUGUAUUAGCUGCAUGGGGUUGGCAGCUUGUCCUAGAGCUCCUCCUUUAGCAUCCCUUCUCUUUGCAAACUGGACUGUUAAUAAUCAAUGUCUGUAUACCAGGCAGGUGACACAGUUAUUCCCGACUCUUGUCCCUGAUUUCCUGAAGAGCGGAUCUUCUGCUGCCUCUUGGCUCAUCUUCCCGGCAUUCACUGCAGAUGUCUGAUUGACGCUUAGGUCCCGGAGGAGGAGGAGUGAUUCAAGAAGAGGUCAGCAGCAUUCUAUCUCCUGAAGAACUGCACUGGAAAUCCAUAAAAGGGAGAAAAGACUGCAGAAAACCUCUGCUUUUACUCUGAUGAGACAUUUGAUCCUUACUAAAACUGUAACAUUAAUGUGAGAGGCCGGGUCAUGUCAUAUACGCCAUGCAUCGGAUGGACAAAAGAGCAAUCAAUGGCUUUUGAACAGAUGUGGAAUACAGGACAGUCAUCUCUCUUGUGCAUACAUUACCUGUCCUAUGCAAACUACAGGAAGGCUGGACAAGCAGCUUUGAAGAAUGUGGAUGAAGAUCAAACCUCACACGAUGUGAAGAUGGAAAGUGAAGACACUAAGAAAAACUGCGGGCUCCUUCCAUACAAAGUCUAUUCUAUCUUCUGAUUCAGUUCAGGUGUCACUUAAGUGCACCUAAUCUUUUCACUUUUUGUAAAAUGAUAGCAACCAGAUCAAUGUCUACCCUUCCUGUUAUGUAUAAUCAAGUAUGCAGUGUGAUGUAAAACAGUGACAAAAUUAUUUGCAGGUUCUCUGCGUCUUUAAGCCGCAGGAUGCGAGACAGAAAAGGCCUGAUGAGCAAAGACACACAUAGUGACAGUGCCUUAUUGAAAAAGCUGCCUCAGCAGCAGCUAAAAAGCCCUUCAGUGUUAAAGUAGGAAGAAAUGAAUCAGCCGAGUCAUUAGAUAUUUACAUAACCCGUUUCAUUGGAAACAAGUAUGUGCCCCUUCACUAAAUCUGAAAAUAAAGCUUGAAGCAGCUGUUAUGGCGAGCAUGACAUAAUGAAAACAAUGGGGAGCCGUUAGCAUGCAUUGCCAUAAAAAAUUAAGUUACGUAUUUUCAAAAGAAGACAAUAUGCAAAUUAAUCAUUGUACGCUGUGGCGUGUUUUCCUUACUUUUUCCUUUAAAGCUGAAGUGUCUUCCCUGUUUCCAAUGCUACGCUAAGCUAACAUUUCUUAUCAUUUAUGACACUAAACUCAUUCAUUUUAUCUUACCAAGAAGCAAAUCUGAAGGGAUGCAUUCUGAAAUAUUUAAGUGUCAUUAAAAAAAAAAGAAACAUUUCUGCUUCACACAAAUUCAUACAAAAAUACAAACUCUUUCCCCCCCCCGCAAAAAUGGAUUUUUCCUCUAUAAAGUUUUUGCUGGUGUAAAUAGGUACAAGUGGAAGACAGGACUGUGUAAAGUGCACAAGAGAUGGGUUAUAUUUCCUCUAUUAUUCCUUCUCUUCUUGCAGUAUUUUGCCUCUAAAUUCAGCUCUUCCUCCUCUGUCACCAGGCUAGCUACUGCAGUGCAGUUGACUGACAGGCUUAUUAUCACAACACAGAAAGGAGAUUCUGUCUUUCCAUUCUUAUUUUGGUCUGCUUGAGCAUCUUCAAAGAGUGGUAAAUAGAAAAAGGUCCAACUUAAAAAUAGCUUUUAGAUAAUGUUAGAUGAUAGGGAGAGUUUGUAUUUGUGAUUGUGUCAUAUUCAAGAUCGAGUUUGUGUUUGUGAAUCUUAUCCAUGUAGAUAAUAGCUGACAACUCUGACCAACGUGAGCUGAAAUCUCGUAAAAAAUUUGAAGGUGCAGAAGAUUUCAACACUUGACGCUGUAUUUUUGUGUGUGAAGGCAUAUAACAUUCAAGACCAAUAUCAGGCACCUUUCAAACAAAUUAAAGAUGACCAAAAACUCCAAUGUAAACAUUGUUUUUUUAGUAAUAAUUGGAUUUCGUAUUAAAACAAUGUGUUUGAGUAAAUAACCACAGAUUCUCGGUAAAAACCCCAAAUAUAAAUUACUAAAUAAAUUGAGCAAAUGCUAAGAUUUUGAAGAAAUAACCAGUAAUAGAGAUAAUGGCCAUCCCUUAUGUUGUAUAUUAAUUUCUUAUUAUAUGAAUUGUUUAAUGGGGGAUGAUAAAGCUGUGAUUCAGUAUUACCUGUGUGUGAAUUUGUUUAAUACACUUUCAGAGAAAAGUAAAAAUUUCCAGUUGGAUGUAAUAGACUUAGAGCAUUUAAAAGAAAAAAACAGAAUUUCUUUCCGACUUUGACUCGACUCACCGACUUGCAAGAACUCAUGCUGUUAAUAUUAAAUCAGAUGGAGGUUUGUGUUUUCAAAGCACACGUUAAAGCGACGUUUCAACUUUGUUCUGGCAGUUUGCAGAGCUCUUGUAUUUAUGAAUUCUGUGUUAAAACUACAAUCAGAUCUGAAUGCCCUGAUUGUCCUUUUACAUUGCAUCAUGUAUACUAACACGGUACAUUGAUGGAAUGCUUAUUUAUGUUCGCUUUGUUCAGUAUCAACACUGUGAUUACAUGUACUUCAUUUAAUUUGUUCACUUCUUUUUACAUGAUUAAUGUGUCUGGUAAAUAAAACAAUGUUGUCUUAUAAAG